GAUCAGCCAUAGCAAGAAUCAUUGGCAAAAAUGUCCAGAAGUCCAACAGAUUUGAUCCUACUGUCAAGAUGUGGGUAUUUGAAGAGAUCAUCAAUGGAAGAAAACUCUCAGAAAUAAUCAAUGAGGAACAUGAAAAUGUUAAAUAUCUGCCUGGAUACAAGAUACCCAAGAAUGUAGUAGCUGUACCAGAUGUGGUCGAAGCAGCAAGCGGGGCAGACAUUUUAGUGUUUGUUCUGCCACAUCAAUUCAUCGGACGAAUCUGCGAGCAGAUUGCCGGCCAGAUAAAACCCGGGGCAUUUGGGAUUUCCCUGAUCAAGGGGAUCGAUGAGGGUCCUGAAGGCCUGAAGCUCAUAUCUGACCUCAUUCGAGAGAAACUGAAAAUAGACAUCAGUGUGCUUAUGGGGGCCAACAUAGCCAAAGAAGUGGCUGAUGAGAAGUUCUGUGAAACCACCAUUGGGUGCAAAAAUGAAAAACAAGGGGAAAUCUUUAAAGAACUAAUGCAGACCCCCAAUUUCAGGAUUACUGUGGUGCUUGACGCCGAUACAGUGGAAAUUUGUGGAGCCUUAAAAAACAUCGUAGCAGUGGGAGCUGGCUUCUGUGACGGACUGAAAUUCGGUGAUAAUACAAAGGCAGCAGUUAUACGUUUGGGCCUUAUGGAAAUGGUGGCCUUUGCCAAGAUGUUCUGCAGGGGUCCGGUAUCAAUAGCCACGUUUCUGGAAAGCUGCGGCGUCGCUGAUCUAAUCACUACCUGCUAUGGGGGACGCAACAGAAAAGUAGCAGAAGCUUUUGCUCGCACAGGAAAGUCCAUUGAGCAACUGGAAAAUGAGAUGCUGAAUGGACAAAAGCUACAAGGUCCUCAGACUUCAGCUGAAGUCUAUAAGAUUCUGCAACAGAAAAAUAUGCUUGAUAAGUUUCCAUUAUUUACAACCAUCUACAAGAUCUGCUAUGAGGGUCGAUCGAUCCAGGAUUUCCUCUCGUGCCUGCAGAACCACCCGGAGCACCUUUAGAGAUCCCCUCUUCUCACCUCGUCAACUUUCUCAUCUUCUCAGGACUUCUGUCUACUCCACAGCAAAUAAA